GAGAUAUAGGCAAAUUGUAAAACAUGAUGUUAUAUAAACAGUUUUAGGUUAUAAACUUAGUACAAUUGUUUUGUUUUUGUAAUGGCUAGUGUUACUGUGUUUCAACAAAUUAUAAGAGGUGUGCAUUCGCUGAAACCAAACUUUGUACCGAAACAUUCGCCCGUCAACGAAAGAGAUUUGAAACUGUUACGCGAUUUCGUCGAAAACCACAAGAACAUAUUGGUGCUAACAGGUGCUGGAAUAUCAACAGAAUCAGGUAUCCCCGAUUACCGAUCGGAGAAGGUAGGUCUAUACGCUCGAUCCAACCACCGACCAAUCCAGUACCAGGAGUUCGUCAGAUCGGCGACAACGCGACGUCGCUAUUGGGCCAGAAACUAUGUGGGCUGGCCGCGUUUCUCCAGCAGCCAACCGAACGGCACGCACGAAGCGAUUCAACAGUUACAGGACGUUGGGAAAGUUUCCUGCAUAGUAACGCAAAACGUGGACAGUUUACACACAAAAGCUGGAUCCACGAAUGUAAUUGAACUUCACGGGAGCGCUUAUCGCGUACACUGCAUGCAGUGUGGGACAUUUUACGAUAGACACAAGAUCCAAACAGAACUGGAAGAAACCAAUGAUACAUUUGAGAAUAUUCAAUCGGCAAUGAGACCUGACGGUGAUGUGGAAAUCUCACAAGAAAUGGUCGAUAAAUUUAGACCUCCUUUCUGCGAAUCCUGUGGAGGCAUCUUGAAGCCAGAUAUCGUGUUCUUCGGAGAUAACGUGCCUAAGGAGAGAGUCGAGAAGGUUAAAUCCUCUGUUGAAGAAUGCGGCGGUCUUUUGGUUUUAGGCUCCAGCUUAACAGUAUUUUCCAGCUACAGGAUUAUCCUACAAGCCGUUGAAGAAUCCAAAGAGAUUUGUGUCGUCAAUAUCGGAGCCACGCGUGCGGAUCAUUUAGUGGAUUUGAAGAUUUCGGCUAAAUGCGGAGACGCUUUACCACAAUUGCUAUGUUAAAGAAUUGUAGCUUUGUUUAAAUGAAUUUAUUGUUAUUAAGUAAACUAAUUUCAUUUCGAUUAUUUAGAAUUAAUCGAAAGUAUUUUGAAGUAGCCUUAAAUGUAAAGACUUAGAAUGGAAACUAUUUGAAGAAUGUUAAGAAGAACAAACAGAUAAUCUAAUUAUUGUUAUUAUAUUAUAAGUAAAAGAUUUAGAA